UGUCGUCCGCCAUUACUGUUGGUAGCAGACAGCAGUCGAUAGAGAAUAGGAACUAAUUUGUCUGAAGUUUUAACACUUUAAAAACACAAAAUGUCUGAUAUCGGAUCAGAAGAGAUGGAAGAGGAGCAGGGGCCAUAUUUAGGCGAAUACGAAGGUGGACGUAACGAAAAUGAAGAAAGACACGGCCAAGGAAAAGCAACAUUGCCAAAUGGUGACACAUAUGAGGGCAUGUACGAUUGUGGUAAACGACACGGACAAGGAGUUUAUAGGUUUAAGAAUGGUGCCAGAUACAUUGGUGAAUAUAUAAAGAACAAAAAACAUGGACAAGGAACAUUUAUAUAUCCAGAUGGUUCAAAAUAUGAAGGUGGUUGGGUAGAUGACCAGAGAUGUGGUUUUGGUAAAUAUUAUUAUGUUAAUGGAGACAUUUACGAGGGUGACUGGCAAAACCAUGUACGGCACGGACAGGGCACCUACACAUACGCCGCAACAGGCACAAAAUAUGUCGGAAGGUGGCAGAAUGGCAAACGGGAAGGCCAUGGCGAACUGGUGCACACAAAUCAUAAAUACGUCGGAGUAUUCCGUGAUGAUAAGCCAAUGGGCAAGGGGAAAUAUGUGUUUGAUAUUGGAUGUGAACAGCAUGGAGAGUACAUUCCUGUGGAACAGGAGAAAGAAGACAAAGGAGCUGAGGACGAGGAGGCGUCAGCAAAUAUAAUCCCCAAGUGGAAGGCAGGCCAAGUGACGGCUAUUCACCUACAGACAGAAGAAGAGGAUGAGGAAGCUGCAAAGGAGGAGGGGUCAAAUCAAGAACAACCACCAGAGGCUACUGAAGGGGAAACCCAACAACAGCAGGGCACCGAGGGGGAACAACAGGCUGAGGAGACGAAGCCAGAGGAAGCAGGCGAGGCCCAACAAGAGGCAGAGGCUGAGGGUGAGGCAAAGCCGGAAGGUGAGGAACCAAAGGAGGAGACACAAGCAGAAACGACUGAGGCCCCCGAGGCGCCCACAGAAGGCGAGGCGACGGAACCAGUUGCAGAGGAGGCGGCUCAACAAGAGGAAGCACCCACGGAGCAAGCUGAACAAGAAGCGUCAGCUGAGUAACGGAACACAGCAUAACAUUGGUGGGUGGGAUAUAGGGUGGAUUUUAAUAAUGUGACAAUGGACAAUGGAGAACAAUUCUGGACUGGAGACUGUGUUGAAAUUUUACUAGAGAUGUAUACCAUUACAAAUUCUCUAGUUGGAGGGAAAUAGACUUGAAAGACAAAGCUUGAAAUGCAAUAUCAGAAGAUUUAAAGUACAAGUGUUAAGUGUAAGAUAAAGAAAUAUUCAGAUAUAUUUAAGCCUUUGCUGUAUCUAAGGUAUAUGUGUAUCCUGAAUAUUAGAAACAUUCCAAAUACUCCAGUUAGCUCAAGACAACUUAACACUUCACUCUACAGAAAAUGUCUACAAGUUAAUGUUUUCAUAAAAACAUACAUUAGUCAUAGAGAGAAUUUGAAAUUUGUACGAUUAGACUGCCAUUUCUGUCGAUUAGUAUGGAAAAAAGGAAUUUGUCUCCCUUCCGCCAUUUCAUCUGUACAAUCACAUAAAUGAGUUAUCUUCCUCUGUAAGGAGUCACUGACCACUCUGCGAAAUAAGGAGUUCUAUCAGUAACUUGCAUUUAUAAAUAACCUCAUUGCAUGAUAGGUCUCGUUCCCUUAACAAUGAUUUACCUCCCCUUGCAAGAUAGUCAUUUAUAUAAUUGUGAGUUACCUCCCUUGUAACAUGAGGUAUUACUACUCCAUGCAAAAUAUAACUAAUAAAUUUUUAGAAAGUGUGCCUCCUCCUUAUAAUAACUUACUUUGCUUGAAAGGGAAAAUGGAUCUUUUGGAAUGUGUUUUAAACAAACAAGUACUGUGAUAUAUAUAACAUUUGAAAGCCAAGUCAAUGUGGGUGUUCUGAACAAGAUAAUGAAUUUAUUUAUAAUUUUUCACAUCUGUAAAUACAUUGAAUUGUCGCUAUCUUAUAACAUGUAAAUUUUGUACAUCAUUAAAUAUUUUGUUUACCAACAGAA